AUGUCGACACCUAGUUCCUCGAGGAAGCUCCUGGUUCUUUUCGGAAUUGUUCCGCGAGACCCAAACCAGAGGCCUCUCACGGUGAACUCUCUCUCUCUCUCUCUCAAAAGGUCUCACGGAAUUUCUCUUUUUGGAAAGGGAUACAUUUAUCGUACGGUAUAUGAACUGGAGUUGCCCCAUGACGGAGCUGAGCCUGUGACCCAGUUGAAGGAGCGAAUCGAUAUGGAACAACAGGUAGACCACUAUCAACUAGUGUCACCUUGGCGUUACAUCAAAGGAAAUUAUUCACGACCAAAUUGCGACUCAGUCACCAUUUUUAUUCAUCCGGUUCGUCUUUACCUUUUCAUAAAUAUUCAUUAA